AUCCUGUAUGUUGUUUGAGACACACGGAAGGAAAGUGCAAAUUAAUGCUCGGUUGCCGUACGACCGUAUGUUCUCUAUCCGACGGGUGGAUAUGCCCCUGGAGGCCUGGACCCAACAUUAGGAUUAGGGCGAGGUUUAAUCAUAGACCUAAACGGCAGAUACGCCGCUACUUAAAGCGGCCCACUCAACUCUCAUCGCCGACUCUGCCCUUCUUACUUCCUUUCCGGCUACUUGAGAUAUCGUCCUCGAAAGGCAACAUGUCGGACGAAGAGCAUCAUUUUGAGUCGAAGGCAGACGCUGGGGCAUCCAAAACCUACCCGCAGCAGGCCGGAACUAUCCGCAAGAACGGGUACAUCGUAAUCAAGGGAAGAGCGUGCAAGGUUGUUGAAGUUUCAACUUCCAAGACUGGAAAGCAUGGUCAUGCUAAAUGCCACUUUGUAGGUAUUGAUAUCUUCAAUGGAAAAAAACUAGAAGAUAUUGUCCCAUCUUCUCAUAACUGUGAUGUUCCUCAUGUCACUCGUACUGAUUAUCAACUUAUCGACAUCUCUGAGGAUGGAUUUGUUAGCCUGUUGACUGACAAUGGAAGCACCAAGGACGACUUGAAACUCCCAACUGAUGAAGCUUUACUUGCUCAGAUCAAAGACGGUUUUGCCGAAGGGAAGGACCUGGUGGUGUCUGUCAUGUCUGCAAUGGGCGAAGAGCAGAUCUGUGCGUUGAAGGACAUUGGUCCCAGGUAGAUCUCAUCCUAUAGUGCUUUUGCAUUUUAGCAAUUGCUACUCUGAGCAACGAAGGCAGUUGUAUUGCGGGAGGAACAAAUGCCUAAUUGCUGCAAGGAUUUUAAUUCAUUCUAUCUUGUCUUUUUUUGGAUUAUAACAAUUUGAAGAUAAAUUAAUUAUUAUUUCGUA